AAAACCAAAGACAAAGGACGACGCUCUCUCUCUCUCUCUCUCUCGGUUGCGCUGUUUGCGGCGGAGCGGAAGUGAAGUAAGGAUGUCGCAGAAAGGGAAGAGAAAGGACGACGCUACCGCCUCCGACGGCGGCGGCGACUCCGACGGCGGCCAGGCCCCUCCCCGGAAGGCUCCCCGGCAGGAUUCCGACGACUCCGACGACAUCGUCGUUUGCGAGCUGUCGAAGAACAGGAGGCUCACCGUCAGGAGCUGGCACGGCUCGGUCGUGGUCGACAUCCGCGAGUUCUACGUCAAGGACGGCAAGAGUCUUCCGGGCAAAAAAGGUAUUUCUCUCCCCAUAGAUCAGUGGAAUAAACUUGUGAAGCACAUGCCUGAAAUUAACGAGGCAUUCGGGGACGCAUAGGAGCUAGCGACCAGUCUUGUCGGCUGCUGUCUUUGCUGAAUUAACUGGCAGCUCAUUUUGGUUUGUGGCUGGAGUGAACUGGGAUUGGCCAGUAGUUGCUGACAUGUAAAAUGGUUUGUAUGUAGUUGCACAUCUCUUUUGGCUCUCUAUGUAGAGCUCGGUGCUCGAGUCUAUGUACUGGAAGUUACCUGGAGAGAGCAUGAUUGAGCAGCCAAAUAAACCGAUCGGCAAAUAUGCAUCUUGGUGAAAAGGAACCGUUUUGUGCUCUGAUUUAGUUGAAGGAUUGCGGGGGAAAAUGCGUCUCCCCGCAUUAGUUUUCUUUGGCAA